AUGGCAAGUUCUAUCACCCUAACUAUGGCCUUUCGUCAGGACCCAUCAUAUUGGGCUUUGGAUGACAUAUCGGUCACCCUAUCAACAGGUGGCCCCAAUCUUGUACAGAAUCCUGGUUUUGAAACAGGCUCGUUGACUGGCUAUUAUGCCUUCUGCAAUCCAAGCUCGUCGUCUGCAUCUGGAAGCGUUUCCUCGGGAAAUGCUCACUCAGGUACCUACUGUUAUUAUGACGGGAGUGUUGGGAACCCAGAUUACCUUUCACAGACAAUGGCUGCGAUUCCAAACAACUAUUAUACAAUUAGCUUCUGGCUGUGGAAUCAGGGUGGACCUACAAAUUCAGCUACCGUGAUCAUCAGCGGUUGA